UUCCUUCAUGUGGUCUCGUUUUCUGGUAUUAAACCCCCCAAAAUCCUGAAUAGAAACCCGUGAACUUGCAAAUCUAUCUGCCCCUGUUUGUUAUGUCUUGAAAGGAGUCAUCUUUAUACUGUUUUUUUGUGUGUAACCUUAUGAAGAAGGAUCUGCGUUUGCAUUGGAGUUUAAGAUUGCUAACUAUAUAUAGGAAGACGAUGGCUGGCAAUGGGAUGUUAUACCCAAUUCUUGGAUUUGCUUCGUGUAUGGCUUUUAUUUUUAUGUCUUUUGGUGAUUUGAAGCUUAGUAGUUUCCCUAGGGAACGGGGAUUAAGUUUUGUGGAAAGGAAUGGGACUCAGUUCUUUUUAGAUGGGAAACCAUUGUACGUUAAUGGCUGGAAUUCUUACUGGUUAAUGUCCCAUUCUGUGGAGGAAAAUACUAGACCUAAGGUCAGUGCAAUGCUUCAAGCUGGUGCAAGGAUGGGUCUCACUGUUUGUAGAACCUGGGCCUUUAAUGACGGUGGCUAUAAUGCUCUCCAGAUUUCCCCAGGGCAAUUCGAUGAGCGAAUUUUCAUGGCCUUGGAUUAUGUCAUUGCAGAAGCAAGGCAGCAUGGAGUCAGGCUGCUUCUGAGCUUAGUAAAUAAUUUGCAGCCAUAUGGUGGAAAGACGCAGUAUGUCAACUGGGCGUGGCAAGAAGGCAUUGGUUUGAGCUCUUCUAAUGAUUCCUUCUUCUAUGAUCCAUCAAUCCGCAAAUAUUUCAAGAAUUACGUCCUGACUGUCCUUACCAGGAAGAACACCAUCACUGGAAUUGAAUAUCGGAAUGAUCCCGCCAUCUUUGCUUGGGAGUUGAUCAAUGAACCCCGUUGCAUGACCGAUCCUUCUGGGGAUACUCUUCAAGAUUGGUUAGAAGAGAUGUCCGCUUUCAUAAAAUCGAUUGACAGAAACCAUCUAUUGACCAUCGGCUUAGAAGGCUUUUAUGGUCCAAAAAGCCCCAAGAAGAAAACUGUGAAUCCGGAAGAGUGGGCCUCACUCCUUGGGUCUGAUUUUAUGCGCAACUCGAACAUUACGCAUGUUGAUUUUGCCUCUGUUCAUAUAUACGCCGACCAAUGGUUUCAUCAUCUUGGGUUUGAAGAAAAACGGAACUACGUUUCCAAGUGGAUGUGCUCGCACAUUGAAGAUUGCGACAAGGAACUGAAGAAGCCAGUUAUGUUCACCGAGUACGGCUUGUCGGACCAGAACAAAGACUACCAGCCUUCCCAAAGAGAGCUGCUUUAUAGAACCAUUCUGGACAUCAUUUAUAAAUCUGCAAAGAAGAAAGGGUCUGGGGCAGGUGCCUUAGUCUGGCAAUACUUUGUUGAAGGAAUGGUGGAGUAUAGCGAUGAUUUCGGGAUCGUACCGUGGGAGUCCCCUCCUAUUUACAAACUGACCGUAGAACACUCGUGCAGAUUGGCUAGAAUCCAUGGACUUGUCGAAGAAAACAAAAACCUCAAACAACUGUGUUCCAAGAGAAGGUGAAGACAAAUACAAUCA